AUGAGCGGACACUUUAGCGCACGCGACGGGGACGAAGAGGACAGGGACGGCGAGCGGGAGUCGUGGUUUGCGGGGAAUGGACUCUCUGUGCAGAACCCGAAUGCUGGAGCGGGGAGAGGCGGAAACUUGGUUCAGGACCUGCUGCGGAAGGCGGAAAGGGAGGGUGCUGCCCGUGCCAGUGGCUCUGGGUCGGGCGCAUUUGGUGGGGCUGGGAAUACGGUGGGUGGGGCAAGUGUGCCAGGGGCAGAAGAUGAGGGUCCUGUGGUUGUCCGUAGACUCACCUUUUGGCGCACCGGCUUCACGGUAGAUGCGGGGGAGGGUACGGAGGAGGGAGAGCUGAGACGAUACGACGACCCUGCCAAUGCGAAUAUCCUCCGGGCAAUCGAUGCAGGUGAAGCUCCGUUGUCAAUUCUCAACGUCCUUCCCGGGCAGCCCGUCGACGUGCAGGUCCAGCGCCGCACGGACGAGGACUGGGUUCCGCCCAAAGUCAAGCCCUUCUCUGGCACUGGCAACCGCCUCGGUGCACCAACACCCGCGAGUGCGGCCGCAACCCCUGCUGCCGCUGACAGCAGCAGCGAACCAACAGGCCGCAGUGCCGCGAGCAUCCACACACGCUUCGAAGUGAAUCAAUCCCUCCCUAUGACGAGUGUCCAAAUCAGGCUAGCGGACGGCACGCGCAUGGUGUGCCGCAUGAACUUGACGCACACUGUUGGCGAUUUGAGGAGCUUUAUCAAUGCCUCCCGCCCGGAGAACCUUACGCGUGCGUACACUAUCGGUACGACUUUCCCGAACCGUAUCCUCGAAAACGAUGCGGAGACCAUUGAGGCGGCGAAGGUGGGUGGCGCGGUCGUCGUCCAGCGGUGGGUGUGA